AUGUCCGACGAACACGAUAACCACUCUGCUGGCCAUGCCGGCCGCGCCUACCCCAUCGAGCGCUCAGACUCGUCGGCGUCCACAACUCCCUCCGAUCAGAACGAAUCUGUUAUCCACCAACCCAUUCCCACUCGCCCUGGCCCUCGCGAUAGCUCGCAGUAUGAACCAGAGAUUAUUCGACCCAUGAGCCCGCGGAGGACCAACGAGGACAUUAACAAGAUGGGCGAGGAGGCGCGCGAAGAGCUAAGAAAGCAUGCCAAGGCUCUGCAAGAAUCCCUCCUCACAAUUUUCAACCGCAUCGAAGCGGUACGAGAAGAGCACGACAAGCUCGACAACAACAACAAAUUCCUUCAAAAAUACAUUGGUGACUUGAUGAGCACGAGCAAGAUCACAGCGACGGGAAGUCGAGGAAAGAAAUAA